GAAAAUUUGACAAAAUUAAUUCCUAGUCGCUGGAUUUUCAGCGUGAAUUACUCUUUUUUGUAAAAUCCUACACAUUAUACGGAUGGACAUUUUGUUUUAAUCAAAAAUGGAUAAAUUAAAAAGCAACCCAUUAAAACGGGGAAAAAGAUCAGACAAACCAGUACAAUCUAAGAAAAUGAAAUGCGAAGGGUCAGCUUGCUCCACAUUUUUCGCUGAUUUGACCAAAAAAUUUAAAAUGAAGAAGAAAGCCAAAGAAGAUACAAAUAAUGACGCUAAUUCAACUAAAGAAAACAUAGCUAAGACAUUGCCAGUUGAAGUCCCUAAAACAUUGGAAGCGAAUACUUCUGUACAAGAAAAUCCUACUGAAAAUAAUGUUCAACGAGAUACAAACUUUAGUCACGUGCCAGAUGAUGAUAGAUUAAUAUUAAAAGAUGAUAAUAUAAUCCCUGAACCACCAGGUGAAGUAAUAACAAAAAUUGACGAUUCAAAGCCUAAAAACCUUACACCUAUAUUUGAAAAUCCAGAAAUCGUGAAAAACAAUGGCAUGCAAACUGAUAUACAUGUCAAAAAUAUUCAAACGUCCAGUAUUCUUGUUAACAAUGGACCCAUAGAACAUGUUACAGCAAAAAUGGAACCAAAUACUGUAGGGAUGAAAGAACAGGAUAUAGCUGGGGAACUAACGAAGCACGUAGCCACACUUCGGAAAAUAUCGUUAAUAGCUGACGAAUUUAAUAAGAAAACAGCAAAAAACCUGAAAGAAAUAGUAGCCAGCGUAUCAGAGGAUUUAGUGAAAAAACUUGAAGAAGUCAAAGCUGAGCAAGCACAGUCACCAAGACCAGAAAAGAAAGUUGCAAUAAACCAGAAUGGAAUAACCAUAAACUAAAUAAAUAUUUUUUUCAUUUCAAAACUUUUUUAUAGAAGAAACUUGACUUCUGGCAGAACUCGACCUAUAAUGGAGUGUCAAAAUAAUGCCAAAAUGAAUUUUGUACACAAAAUUGUAAAAGAAAAAAAUAUUUUUAUUGAUAAUAUGAAUCCAAAUGUUCAUAUGUAACUGCAAAAUCUUAAGUGAA